CCUGGAUCCCGGAGAACCACAGAGCCAGGACAGCAGCCCCUCGCCGCCAGCUCUUGCACUCCAGGCUCCGCCGCGAUCUUCCAGCUAGUCCCAUGGCCCGCACAGCACCCGCCGUCCCCAGCGCUCCGCGGCUGGUCUGGGUGGCGCUGCCAUUGCUGCUACUGGUGGCCUCCGACCGGCGCGCAGCAGGGGCGCCCGUGGUCACUGAACUGCGCUGCCAGUGCUUGCAGACGGUGCAAGGAAUUCACCUGAAGAACAUUCAGAAUGUGAAGGUGACGUCUCCGGGACCUCACUGCGCCCAGACCGAAGUCAUAGCCACUCUCAAGAAUGGACAGGAAGCUUGUCUGAACCCCGAAGCCCCCUUGGUCAAGAAAAUCAUCCAUAAGAUGCUAAACAAGGGCAGCACUAACUGACCUGGAAUGAAGAAACUUCUGGUGGCUCCUGCAGGGUGGUCCCUGCCUUAGGAGAUCAGAAAAUGGAAGAGAACAGCCAGCUGCUGGGGACAAUUGGAAAGAGCUUAAUGUCUUCUACAAUUUCUUAGGAGAUUUCUAUUUAUUUAUGGAUAUAUUUAUUUAUUUUUCAAAGCUUCUAUUUUAAUAUUUAUGUUAAUAAUUGAAGAUGUGAAUGUGUUUCAUGAAACAUAACUCAGUCUUGAUUGUUGUUUAACUUGAAGAUGAUGGGUUUAAAUUAUCUCAUUAAAGUGAUAUUUAUUAGGAGAGAAGUGUCAUCCACUGUCAUAGAAGAGAGUGGAGUGGAGAUCAAUGUUCAUUAGGGUGAGGGAAUGUGUGCACAUUUAUUUUUGUACUUUUUUAAAAAGUCUCUCACAUUACAUAGUCAACAUUCAUAUGUUGAAGCUUCCCUUGGACAUUUUAUGUCUUGCUUGUAGGGCAUAAUGCCUUGUUUAAUAUUUAUUAUGAAUUGUUUCUCUUUGUCUUGGAACAGAGAAUUUACAAUUACUGUCAUAUUUUUACAAAUGACAUCAAAAUAAAAUUUUACUGAAAAAUA